GUGACCAUUCCAUCAGUUGAAGAGCUGGAAUUCAUGCCACCUGCUGGAGGCACUGAAGUGAUCAUUUCUGAAAUUGACGACUCUCACUGCAUGCAAUCUGUUGGUGAUUCAUCAGUUGGACAAACGGUUUUGGAAAGGGACGAAGGGGUCAAGUUUGAUGAAAAUGGUCUUGUGAGACCCACGAUCGUGGAAUCUUCAGAGGUGAUUGACCCUUGUGGUUGUCCGGCUAAUCUGCGCGCAAUUGGCGAAAUUAUGAACGACGUCGUCAGUGAAGUUGUGCAAGAUGUCCCGCCAGAAGUGAAGGAGGCAGCAUGCACUUCAUCGCUGGUCUUCGCUUCAUUGGCAGGACUGUUCUUCUCAAUUGCUCUCUACAGAUACCUUCGGCAUCUGUAUUAUCCGGAACCGGAAGGGUUUUUCUGCAGCACAUUCUCGUGGCUUUUCGCUCCGCUAUUUGACGCACUUUGCGAAAGACAGCCACCGGGUGGAUUCUUCCACGAAAUGAGGCACGAAUCGUCCGUUUUGUACGGCGAAGUGCAAGAAUAAUAUGGUCAAGUUCUUCGAACUCUUGGUUAUCUUCGCGUAUUGGUUUUUUGUUCUGAUAACAAGGAAAGAGUGUGUCACAUUCGUGGAAGGCUAAGAAUUAAAGAGUACAUCAGUACCGGUGAUUUUGUCCUUGUCGAACUGAGGGACUAUCAAAAUUACGAGGGUGAUAUUAUUCUCAAGUAUACACCUACUGAGAUCGAGCUUUUGAAGAAGAAGAACAAGCUGCCCGUACCACCGGAAACCGAUGAUCGUCCCUUGCAUUUAUACGGUCAGAUUGCUAAUAGGCUCGGCAAGGGACGCGUAUUAGCCUUCUGUAUCGACGGCAAGCAAAGGGUGUGUCGCGUUCUAAACAAGGAGCGGAUGGAAAGAGGCGAUAUUAUUCUUGUCGAAUGCAGGGAUCACCAAGGUUAUGAGAACGAUGUUAUUCACAAGUGCGCACCUGAUGAAGCCCAGCGUCUAAAGGAUGCAAAUGAAUUGCCCUAUUACAUAAAGGUCAAUAACGGUGCUUUGUUAGAAUAUGGUCAAGUUACUCAAGUGCUUCGAUAUUGUCGUGUGCUGGUCCAAUGUUUUGAUGGUGAACAGAGAAUAUGUCGCAUUCGACGGAAGCGUGAAAAGGCAGUCAUCACAGGCAUCCGGCCUGGUCACGUUAUUCUCGUUAGUCUCAGAGACAGUAAAGAUUGCAGGGUAUGA